AUGAUCCAAAACGGAAGAGAUGUACUCAAUUCCAGAGCUGCAAUACUUGGUUCAAUUGAGGAUUUUACUGAAGAUUAUACGAGCUUUGAAGAGUACAUUGGUGAUCAAAACAACCAAAACCCAUUCACUGAUGAAGCUACACCUACAAUUAGUAAACGAAGAAGGUCCAAAGUUGGCCACUUUUUGAAAAAGAGUAUACAACGGGUUCUCCAUAUAAAAUUGGGUCAGAAAAAUCCCCAGAUUUUUCACCCAGUGAUUGCAAGUGCAUCAGAUAUUCCCGAUUAUGAAACUGUUAUUCCAGCUCGUCACGUCACCACAAAUAUGGCCAUCUCCCCACGGUUGAUACAGCUUGCCAAUAACUUUAGAAGCGGGAUAAAAAAUCGACCGAGGGAUGAAAUGUACUUGCUUUCAUCAGCAUCAGCUGGAACAUCCGUCAAUUCACUAUUUGAAGAUGGUCGUGUUUCGCUUGAGGGCACUGGUGCCACCACUGCUGAUUCCAAUGCUCAUAUAUUUUAG